GUUAUUAUGUGCUCAACCUUACAUGUCUGUUUUUUGUUAUUCAGGCAACAAAUAUAUUCAUUUUCUUUCACAACACACUAAUAAGGGGAUGACGUCCGUAUCGGAUAUUUGGAUACAAAGAGCGUUGGAAGCCUUAGCAAAGAAUGAUUUUCUAUCAGCUGAAACGCGUGCAGUAAUAGCCGAUCAUCUCAACCCUAGUUCUGAGAGCAAACGGUUACUGGAAUACAUACGAAAACACAAACCAUGGAACCUUCAUACAGCGAUGCAAAGCACAGAUACUUCGUUGGAUGUCGAGCAGUGCCUCGUUUUUGCGAAGAUGUCGCUAGAACAAGGGCAGGCAGAAUUAGCGAAACGUUUCGCCGAAUUAGCAGACAAGAUCCGCCCUUCCAAGGAAGCUAAAACUGUGUUGAAUAAUGUAAAACAUCUAAUUGAGGUACGGAGAAGAAUGUUCGAAGAUAAAAUGAAGGUGAAACGUAUGUUAGAUCAAGUUGAAGUGGAUAUAUAUGCACUCAGGCUCGACGAAGCCGAGAGGGCCAUUAAACAAUGCCAGAAAAUAUUCUCAACCGUACGUGCACAAACUCUGUUAAAAAUUAUUCAGAAUAUUAGAAGUAAAGAAAGAAAACCGUCACGAUUUCGCUGUUUUUUUGGUUUAUUAAUCGACUGGCUCACUUGCAAAUACUUUAGCUGUUCUGACUACACGAGGCUCAACGAAAGUAGAAGGUCGACUCAAUAUUCGUUUACAACCGAAAAUUUACCGCACAGAGCCAAUGAAAGAACGAACGUCGGAUCUUCCUCACAAAAUAGUGGAACCAGAAAUUUUUCAAAAUAUUCUUAUGCAACCGGAAAUACGUCAAAUAAUGCAGGAAACGGAACUUCGCCAAAUGAUAAAGGAAACGGGAAUUCUUCCAAAUAUUCCUCAUCAGCAACCGGAAGUACCCCACAAAAUAGUGGAACCGGAAGUACCUCACAAAAUAGUGGAACCGGAACUUCUUCUAAAUAUUCUUAUGCAACCGGAAGUGCCCCACAAAAUAAUGGAACCGGAAGUACCUCACAGAAUAGUGGAACCGGAACUUCUUCUAAAUAUUCUUAUGGAACCGGAAGUACCUCACAGAAUAGUGGAAUCGGAACUUCUUCUAAAUAUUCUUAUGCAACCGGAAAUAUACCAUCUAACAACAAUGAAGGUACAUAUAGUAAAAACAAAAAACCCAACAGUACCUCACAAGAUAGCGGAAAUACAAGAUCAUCCCAAUAUUCUUACACAUCCCAAGAUAUACCAUCUUACAACAAUGAAGGUGCGUAUAGUAAAAACAAGAAACCCAAUAGUACCUCGCAAGAUAGCGGAAAUACAAGAUCAUCCCAAUAUUCUUACACAUCCCAAGAUAUACCAUCUAACAACAAUGAAGGUGCGUAUAGUAAAAACAAGAAACCCAAUAGUACCUCACAAGAUAGCGGAAAUACCAGAUCAUCCCAAUAUUCUUUCACAUCCCAAGAUAUACCAUCUAACAACAAUGAAGGUACAUAUAGAAAUAACAGGGAGCCAGGCAGCUCCUCACAAAAUAAUGGAAGCAGCAGUUACUCAAACUAUUCCAAGGCUACCAACGACCAUGAUGAAAAAUCGCAGAGAAAGAAGAAUGGCCCUACAGAAGGCACUUCAAAAUCGGAAAAUACAAAUAAAUCUACUUCUUCGGGGUGGAGAAGUUUCUUCAAAUGGGAGAAAAAGAAGGAGUAUACUCAUGAGCAGGAACAGGAGAUAGAGAGAUUGCUAGCUUGUACUGAUGAUCACAUUAUCCUGCAGGUGAAUCGGAAUUAUAGUGAAUACGAUAUAUGUAGCGCUUUCAGAAAAUUGUCAAUAAAGUUCCACCCGGACAAGAAUAAGGCUCCCAAAGCUAAUCAGGCCUUUGUGGCUCUAAUUAGCGCAAGGAACAGACUUCUUAAGAAAAAAGGAUUUACUACCAAGUGAGAGCUCUCAGCAGUCCCCAUUUGUCCGGCCAAGUAAUUAAUGUCGCCCGAAAGAUUUAUACUGUUAGAUACUUAUAAGAAAACGAAUUUAUAGAAUGUAUAAUGGUGCUAAUUCCAGUAAGUACAUCGUUUAAUUUUAUUUUAAGUUAUAUCUGUCAUUUUCUUAUCUGGCAAAAGGAAAGGGAUGGGUAAUCGACUAGCAUAAAAUUUACGGAACACACGUCAAUUUUAGGCAGAAAAUAAAACCCUCCGAAAAUUUUAUAUUGGCCAAUAACCCCGACAGAAUUAAAUUGACAACACACGUCAAACGGGUUGCACAUCAGCGAGAUGCUCAUUUUAUUCGCCCGGGUUAUCAUUCAUUCUGUCAUUCAUUUUAAA